CCUCUCAAUAAGCGUUGCCCAGCGACGAUGCUCACAUCGAAGAGUGCUUCAUGUGAAAAGCUAACUUUCUAAGAUAGCUGGAAACACGGAUAUUUAGACUUUUUAUUCAGCACAAAGUCCUCACUUUGGCUGCUUAUUAGUCAGUCUUUUAGUCCCUCGUCGUCGAGUAUACAUUAUGGAGUAAUAAUGAAGGAAACAACGAGUGAACAGUUGUCCUCAGCGUCUCCUAGCAGCUGCCCUCCAGGGUCCCUCGAUGACGCUCCUCGACCCCCAGCAGAGGCUCCCCUCCUCGGCUGUGGUGAGCAGGAAGAACACGGAGACAUGGAGAUAAAGCAGGUAACCUUGUACAGGAGGUCUGGGGGAGUAAAAGAACACAGCAAGAAGGAUGGAGUUUUAACCGCUGAGGUGGUCUCCAGCUGUGUGUCCAACCUUGGACGCUUUGGCACUGGGCUGCAACAUUUGUACCACGACCUGUCUCUGCCUAGUCAAGAUCUCCGUGACGUCUCUGUUCUAUGCAAUAAUGUCCAUCUUCAAAAGCUGGAACUGCCACACAACAAAAUCAAAGAUUUAUCCUGCGUGAGCCAUAUGCCCUACCUCGUCAUCCUGGACGCUUCUCACAAUGAAAUCUCCAGCUUCUUUGGAUUCCAGCCACCCAAGUACCUCAAAGAGGUGAAUUUCUCCCACAACCGCAUGACAAAAAUGACGGAUUUGUCAGCCUAUUCAUCUCUUAGUAAUCUGGAUCUGGGCUACAACAGUCUCCGUGAGAUCAGUGGUCUUGAGCAAUGUUGCAAGCUCACCCAUCUCAGCCUGGCACACAACAGGAUCUCGAGGAUCAGCAGCCUGGACGGUCUGCCUCUCACACACCUCUGCCUGAAGGGGAACCAGCUGGAGAGGAUUGAAGGGUUGGAGAAUCUGAAGAGUCUGCAGGUCCUCGACUUGUCUCUGAACCGCAUCACCAGUCUAACUGGCCUCCAGAAUCUCCACGUACUGGGCUAUAUCAAUCUGGAGAAAAACAUGAUCAGUGAAAUCCAGGAGUGCAAACACAUUCAUGAUCUUUUCCUGUUGAGGGACCUCAACCUGCUGGGUAACCCUGUACAGGAGCAACCUGAUUAUAGACUGGCAGUCGUCUUCCUCCUUCAACAUCUGACUGUGCUGGACCAAGAGAAAGUUACUGCUGAAGAAAAGGUGUUAUCAGUAAACAAGUAUGACCCUCCUUUGGAUGUGGUGGCAGCCAGGGAUCACAUGACCCAGCUGGUGUAUCAGCUGAUGCAGCCCCAGGUGCUCUAUGACAGCAGUACUAUGCCCAGUGCAGACUCUCCAUAUCCUAUGCUGGUUCUGACCGGUCCUCAAGGCUGUGGGAAGAGAGAGCUGGCUCACAGACUGUGUCAGGAGUUGAGCGAAUACUUUGCCUACGGAACCUGCCACACCACUAGGGGGCCCUACUACGGAGAGGAGAAUGGAUUUGAUUACCAUUUUGUCAGCGAGGAAGAUUUUCAGAACAUGAUUCACAUGGGUAAGUUUAUCCAGACCAUGCAGUACGGGGGUCACAGCUACGGCCUGACCAGAGAUGCCAUCGAGGAAGUAGCCAGAGAAGGACUCGCCUGCUGUGUGCAUAUGGAGCUAGAGGGUCUGCUCAGUCUGAAGAACAGCUACUUUGAGCCUCGAUACAUCCUGCUCAUCCCCACCCAGCUUGAGAAGUAUAUGGGCCACCUGAAAAGCCGCGAUCACUAUACCCCAGCACAGAUUGACAUGGCGAUGUCACGUAUAGAGCUCUACGCCGAUACCAACAGACAGCGACUGGGAUUCUUCGAUAACGUUAUCCCCUGUGAUGACUGGGAAGAAACCUAUCAGACACUGAGGCAGGUAGUGAAGGAGUACCUGUUGCUAGAGGAGCAGGAAGAAGAAGGAGAAAACAACAACAGAGGAUCCCCUGACAACACCUCCACUGGUCACGAGCCAGAAGAGGAGAAGCUUCCGUCACCACCCCUGUCGAGGUCAGGAUCAGGCCCACUCGCGUCACACUCUGCCACAGCUCUUGACCCGUCAGAUCCGUCUUACAGAAACUAUUUAACCAAGAUCCAGGCGGAGCUCAGCCCUCAGAAGAGCCCCGCCGAGCUGGCUUCCAUCAGGAGGCGUGAGCAGCUGGUGAGAGAGGCUAUAGUGGGGAAGAGUCCAGGGGUCUACAGCCAGCUUUUCAAAAGCUCUGUUCAGACAGCACCAUCAUCACUGCUGAAUCCUGAUACCCAGUUAAGUGAGGAGAGCAGAGCUCAUUCUGCUAGUACAAGCCAUGUGGGGACAAAACAUGCACAGACACAUACUUACUUCUUUCUUGUAUACACACAAAUACACUCGCUCAUAAAUUCAGAUUUUAUAGCUUUUGCUGCUUUUUGACUCCCCUGUGUGUACGCUUACACUCAAUAAACAAGCUUACUGCACAAUUAUAGAUUUAAUCAGACGUUGACAAAGUAUGUGUGAGUAUGUGUGUGUGCUGUGCACGCAACAGCACACAUAGCUUUUUUCUCACUUGUGCAAAUUAGCAUCAUUGUAUUUUAUUGCUUUCAAAGAAGACAUUUAAGAUACAUACAGAGAUAACUGUACGUGUUCAGUCAAAACUAAUUUGUUCCCUUCGGGUUCAUGUUCUCAAGUUUCUCCAAACUUGUUGAAAAUCUACAAGUUGUGUCACAGCGGUCUGAGCGAUACAUGCCCCCAGUAUGCACUGUCAGCAUUACUCAACCCUUCAGUAUUUCUAUAGAGGAUUCCAGACAUCUGUCUACUUGUUGGCAAUGCUCUUAAUAGGGAUGUGUCUUUACUUGUGUGUGCCUGUCUCACAUAUAGUUACAGAGGAUCCUUUUGUCUUUCUCUGAUAGAUUUGUAUGCGUAUAGUCUUGUGUGUGUUUGUGUUUAUGUGUGCCUGCGUGUGUGUGCGUGUGCAUGGAUCUGGCAUCAUAGACUAGUCUAUAUGAGUACAUUUAAUGACAAAAAUCUACUCCUGUAGUUUAUUGAGUACCAAUAAAAUUGGUCAUGAAUUUAGAAUUUUCGAGUAGUUAUAAUAGUUUGUAAUAAUAGUUAAUAUACAGUAUAGUAUAUGCGACUAUCGUCUUGUCUUAAAAA